GAAGCCGUUUUAAAACAGAGAAUAAUAACUACCUCCCUCAACCCUUCCAUUUGAAGCACGAGUACACAUUUCCGAGGAGGUUUUCUGUGUCGCCUUGCUCGUUGAAUACACAAGAAAGGAAAAGAAGAAAGGGAAACAAAGAACCAUGUCGUCGACUCCCUCCACCGGUGCCGCGAUCACGACGGCCCACGAGGUCCCUGCGGAGAUCAGCCAAGACAGCCCCCUCUUCGCCCUCUCCCCGCUGGACGGCCGCUACAAGCGCAACACGAUCUCGCUCCGCGCCUACUUCUCCGAGUACGCCCUCUUCAAGUACCGGGUUCAGGUGGAGGUGCUCUACUUUGAGGCCCUGUGCAAGGAGUGCCCGGCGAUCACGCAGCUGCGCGGCGUGACGGAGGACCAGCUGAAGCGGCUGCGGUCGGCUACCUUUGAGAACUUUACCGUGGCCGAUGCGAAGCACAUCAAAGAGAUCGAGGCCGUCACGAACCACGACAUCAAGGCGGUGGAGUACUACCUGAAGGAGAAGAUGGCCGCGUGUGGCCUGGAGGCGGAGCGGGAGUUCAUCCACUUUGGACUCACCUCACAGGACAUCAAUAACACGUCGAUCCCGAUGCUGCUGCGGGAUGCGCUGCUCCAGCAGUACAUCCCCUCGCUGGAAAGCUUGAUUGCGGCGAUCCGCAGCAAGCUGCCGCAGUGGGACGUCCCGAUGCUCGCCCGCACCCACGGGCAGCCGGCCAGUCCGUCCACCUUGGCAAAGGAAUUCAUGGUGUGGGUGGAGCGGUUGGAAGGGCAGAAGGCGAUGCUGCUGGCCAUCCCCAACACCGGCAAGUUCGGCGGCGCAACCGGAAACUUCAACGCCCACCUCUGCGCCUACCCGAACGUGAACUGGAUUGAGUUUGGCGAGAUGUUUCUGCGCAAGUACCUGGGGCUGCGCCGGCAGACCUACACUACGCAGAUCGAGCACUACGAUAACCUGGCCGCCAUCUGCGACGCGUGCGCGCGCAUUCAUGUGAUCCUGCUGGACCUCGCGCGAGAUGUCUGGCAGUACAUCUCGAUGGGCUACUUCUCGCAGAAGGUGAAAGCUGGCGAGGUAGGCAGCAGCACGAUGCCGCACAAGGUGAACCCGAUCGACUUCGAAAACGCGGAGGGUAACCUCGGCAUGAGCAACGCGGUGCUUGGUUUCCUGUCGGCGAAGCUUCCCAUCUCACGUCUGCAGCGGGACUUGUCCGACAGCACGGUGCUGCGCAACCUUGGGAUUCCGCUCGGCCACGCCCUCAUCGCCUUCGCCUCUCUGCGUCGCGGCCUCGACAAGCUGGUCAUCAACAAGGAUACAAUUGCGGCGGACUUGGAGCACAACUGGGCGGUGGUGGCGGAGGGGAUUCAGACGGUGCUGCGGCGGGAGGGUUAUCCGAAGCCGUACGAGGCGCUGAAGGACCUGACGCGUGGCAACGACCACGUGACGGAGGCGACGGUGCACACGUUUAUUCAGAACCUAGAGGGCAUCUCGGACGAAGUACGCCAGGAGCUGCUCGCCAUCACACCGUUUACCUACGUCGGGUACACGGCGCGCUUGUAG